AUGAGUCUUGCAACGACACUCCGGUUCGAAAUGAACACGGGUGGAAAAUCAAGUUUGAAACAAGCAUUUGAAAGACAAAAAGAGCGCAUUCAGAAAGAUGAAAUGAUGGCAGACAGAGAAAAUGUUGUGAGAUUAGAACUAAAAACAAACCAAAGAGCUCAAUGGAAUGAGAACCUGGAACAAUCUAGCUGGAAAAAGCGUAUCCGAGAGGAUGACAAAAGAAUUAAUGAAGAACUGACGCAGGCACAUAAAGCCAGUAUUGCUGUGAGGAGAGUGGCACUGCAAAGAUUGUUAGAACAGGAACAUGAUAUUUACGAGAAAGAACUUUACAAACUGGGAAAAACAUUCUUUACACAGAGAGUGUAGUUGAGUCGGGGGUUUUAAUAACAGGAGCAGCAUCUGUAACAUGAACUUCUACAUCAGUUAAAGCUCAUAACAAUUUAUACUCCAUUAAUUAUGUUUAAUUUUACAAAAUAAGCAUUGAGGGAGUGAGCUCCAGAGAAAGGGUGAGGGGAGAAAGGGAAUGAAUGUGAGAAUCACUUGUAUGGUGUUAUAAUUGUGUUUAUUGUUAAUUCUUCUUUAUACAACUGUUUGCCUUUCCUGUACAGCCAGAUGCCAAUCAUUUUUUUUUUGACUCACUGUUUUACAAAUUCACAAAAGUAAUAUACAAAUAUUUAGGAGAAAAACAACUCAUUUGCCAAAGUGUAUGUUUUUAGUUAUUUUAUUGCCUUCACUAAAUCAGUUUAGAUUACAGACAAGUUUAAACUCCUGAUGAUCAGACAACUAUUUUAGACACUCAUUAUUUAGGGAUGGACUGUGAAUGAAGUGUUCUGUCUACAAAUGAAUUUGGUAGAAAAUAAAUACAACUUUGUACAUCAUAAA